AUGGCAUCACUGCCGCCACUACUCUGCCUCUUUGUCGCCGCCGCGCACCUGGCGGGGGCUCGAGUCACCAGCCCCCCUGAGGAGCCCACAGCAGCUGCCUGGGGCUUUGAAGGUCCGUCACUGCGCCCUGGACAGUCCUCACCAGCCCUGGAGGACUGGGAAGAGGCCAGCGAGUGGACGUCCUGGUUCAACGUGGACCACCCCGGCGGCGAUGGCGACUUCGAGAGCCUGGCUGCCAUCCGCUUCUAUUACGGACCAGCGCGCGUGUGCCCGCGGCCGCUGGCGCUAGAGGCGCGCACCACGGACUGGGCCCUGCCAUCCACUGUAGGCGAGCGCGUGCACUUGAACCCCACGCGAGGUUUUUGGUGCCUCAACCGUGAGCAGCCCCGCGGCCGCCGCUGCUCCAACUACCAUGUGCGCUUCCGCUGCCCUCUCGAGGCCACGUGGGGCGCGUGGGGCCCGUGGGGUCCCUGUUCAGGGAGCUGCGGGCCAGGGCGUCGCUUGCGCCGCCGUCGCUGCCCAAACCCGGCUGGGGAUGCGUGUCCGGGGCGUCCCGUGGAGGCUCAGAAGUGUGUAAGGCCUACAUGUCCAGGGUGCAGCUCCAAGACCUGCGGGUGCCCUGAGCACAUCCUUCUGGGCUUGGUGGUCACCCCAUCUGGGCGUCCGCUGCCAGGAGCCAGGGUCUCCCUGAGAGACUGGUCUGGCACUACCGCCAUCACUGAUGCCCAUGGAACCUUCCGGAUGCCUGGAGUCUGUGCCAGUAGCCGGGCCAACGUCAGUGCCCAGAUGGAUGGCUUCUCUGCAGGCCUGGGCCAGGCCCAGGCCAAUGGCUCCAUCUCUGCUGUGGUCACUGUUGUCCUUAAUAAGUUGGAAAAGCCCUACCUGGUGAAGCACCCCGAGUCCCGAGUGCGAGAGGCGGGACAGAAUGUAACCUUCUGCUGCAAGGCUUCAGGCAUCCCCCUGCCCAAGAAGUACUCCUGGUUCCACAACGGGACCCUGCUGGACAGGCGAGAACACAGGUACAGGGCCCAUCUGGAGCUGCGGGGGCUGCGGCCAGACCAGGCAGGCACCUACCACUGCAAAGCAUGGAAUGACGCCGGGGCUGUGCGCUCGGGCACUGCCCGCCUCACUGUGCUUGCCCCGGGCCAGCCAGCCUGCCAUCCCCGGCCCCAAGAGCACCUGAUCAAGCUCCCAGACGACUGUGGUCAGUCUGGCAGUGGCCCCACCUACUUGGAUGUGGGGCUCUGCCCCGACACCGCGUGCCCCAGCCCGGCAGGCUCCAGCCCCCGGUGUGGGGACACAGGCUCCCGCUGCUGCUCUGUUCGCCGCCUGGAGAGCAGGGAAAUCCACUGCUCCAACUACGUCCUCCCGGUCAAGGUGGUGGCUGAGUGUGGCUGCCAGAAAUGUCUGCCCCCUCGGGGACUGGUACGGGGACGUGUGCUGGCUUCGGACUCAGGGGAACCCCUGAGCUUCGCCCAGAUCCUGCUAGGCCAGGAGCCCAUCGGAUUCACCUCCUACCAGGGUGACUUCAUCCUGGAGGUGCCUCCCUCCACACAGCGGCUGGUGGUAACGUUCGUGGACCCCAGUGGGGAGUUCAUGGACACUGUCAGAGUCCUGCCUUUUGACCCGCGAGGGGGCGGCGUAUACCAUGACGUCAAGGCCAUGCGGAAGAAAGCCCCCGUCAUCUUAGAUGCCAGCGAGAGCAACACGAUCCCUCUUGGGGAGCUGGAAGAGGAGGCUCCACUGGGCGAGCUGGUCCUUCCUGCGGGAGCCUUCCGCAGAGCCGAUGGCGAGCCCUACACCGGGGCUGUGGAGGCCCGGGUGACGUUCGUGGACCCCCGAGAUCUCACGUCGGCGGCCGCCGCCCCCAGUGACCUGCGCUUUGCGGACAGUGACGGUGAGCUGGCCCCGCUGCGCACCUAUGGCAUGUUCUCGGUGGACCUCCGCGCCGCCGGCUCCGCGGAGCAGCUGCAGGCGGGGCCCGUGGCGGUGCGCGUGAACGCCGGCCAGAUCCGUAUGGCGGGCCACGCGGAGGCCCUCAAGCUGUGGUCGCUGAACCCUGACACAGGCCUGUGGGAGGAGGAGAGCGGCUUCCAGCGGGAGGGGUCGGCAGCCCCUCGGGUCCGCCGGGAGGAGCGGGUCUUCCUGGUGGGCAACGUGGAGAUCCGCGAGCGGCGUCUGUUCAACCUGGACGUCCCCGAGCGCCGCCGCUGCUUCGUGAAGGUGCGCGCCUACGCCAACGACAAGUUCACCCCCAGCGAGCAGGUGGAGGGCGUGGUGGUCACGCUGGUCAACCUGGAGCCCGCCCCUGGCUACUCGGCCAACCCCCGUGCCUGGGGCCGCUUCGACAGCGCGGUCACCGGUCCCAACGGCGCCUGCCUCCCCGCCUUCUGCGACGCGGACCCGCCCGACGCCUACACCGCGCUGGUCACGGCCACGCUGGGCGGGGAGGAGCUGGAGCCCGCCCCCUCCCGGCCCCGCCCGCUCGCAGCCACCGUGGGCGUGGCCCAGCCCUACCUGGACAGGCUGAGGUACAGGCGCACGGACCACGACGACCCGGCGCUCAAACGCAACGGCUUCCGCAUCAACCUGGCGAAACCCAGGCCGGGUGACCCCGCCGAGGCCAAUGGCCCGGUGUACCCGUGGCGCAGUCUGCGGGAAUGCCAGGAUGCCCCGGUGACCGCCAGCCACUUCCGCUUCGCGCGCGUGGAGGCCGACAAAUACGAGUACAACGUGGUCCCGUUCCGCGAGGGCGCGCCGGCCUCCUGGACUGGAGACCUCCUGGCCUGGUGGCCCAACCCCCAGGAGUUCCGGGCCUGCUUCCUCAAAGUGAAGAUCCAGGGCUCCCAGGAGUACAUGGUCCGGGCGCACAACGCGGGGGGCAGCCACCCGCGAACCCAGGGCCAGCUCUACGGGCUCCGGGAUGCCCGCAGUGUCCGAGACCCCGAGCGCCCCGGCACAUCCGCCGCCUGCGUGGAGUUUAAGUGCAGCGGGAUGCUAUUCGACCAGCGUCAGGUGGACAGGACGCUGGUGACCAUAAUGCCCCAGGGCAGCUGCCGCCGUGUGGCCGUCAACGGGCUCCUGCGGGAUUACUUGGCCCGGCACCCCCCUCCUGCCCCGGCUGACGACCCGGCGGCCUUCAGCAUGCUGGCCCCAUUGGACCCUCUGGGUCACAACUACGGUGUCUACACGGUCACCGACCAGAGCCCGAGGCUGGCCAAGGAGAUCGCCAUCGGCCGCUGCUUUGAUGGCUCCUCUGACGGCUUCUCUCGGGAGAUGAAGGCCGACGCUGGCACAGCAGUCACCUUCCAGUGUCGGGAGCCACCAGCCGGCCGGCCUAGCCUCUUCCAGAGGCUGCUGGAGGCCCCGGCAACAGCGCUUGGUGACAUCCGCAGGGAGAUGGGCCAGGCGGCCCGGGCACAGGCUCAAACCACAGGUCGCCUCCGUACCCGCCGGGGCAGGGCCCAGCAGUGA